GGGAAGAACGAAAGGUGAGGAUGCAGAAGCAAAGAACUCCAUUCUUCAUCAACCCUAAUUCUGCAAGCAAUGCCAACACAAGCAAAUUUUCCACCUCCUCUUAGAACAUCUUAACACCAUAAUAACAAAAAAUAUGUUUGAUUUUGGCAGGUUGAGAAGAAUUAUGGAACAUGUUGACAGCAUCAAGGCAAACACCUUGUCUUCUCCCACUGUUGAGGCAGUGAAGAAACCAGGCAAACCUGUAGAUUCUCCACGUACCUUAACACAGAGAAUAUUGUACACAUCUUUUCCAAUAUGCAUCUUUGGGAUGAUAGCGAAUUUACUAGUUAUAUGGCUUUUCUGCUGUCAGAUCAAAAAGACUCCAUUAACUCUGUAUUUCCUUAAUAUGGCAAUUGCUAAUCUUUUAAUAAUCGUCUGCAACGUUUAUGUUGUUAUCACGUAUUUUACCUCCCUGUAUCCCAGCUUGAUGUUUCGACGUAUAAUGCAAAUGCUGCACAUAAGUGCAUUUGAUACCAGCUUCUUUUUUAUUACAGUCAUCGCUGUGGAAAGGUACCUCAUUCUUAAGUACCCGUUGUGGUGCAAUCAGCACCGGCCCAAAAAUUUUUCAGUUAUAAUGUGCGUUAUUUUAUGGGGUUUGUCCUGGAUAGUGUCAUUUGUGACCUAUUAUGGCUGCUUUCCAAGAUUCGACAUAAGUGUUAACACGCUUCUUAACAACUGCAAAACUGCCAAUAUAAUUGAAAUCAUCGUUGAGGUGUUUGUUUUUCUUCCCAGCAUGAUCUUCAGCACUUGUACCAUUUGGAACAGAAUACACACAAGACAGCCCCAGACUCCUGUAGCAAGACUUGAUGUUACCAUUGUGGGCUUGGUUCUUCUGUUUCUUAUUAUUAAUGCCCCAAUCAGAAUUACUCAGGUCAUUACAACUUGGGCUUUUUAUAUAGAUAGAUUUGUGUUAGGUAAGAUUUCUCUGUUAUUGGACUCUGUCAACAGUGCCGGCAAUCCUUUUGUAUACAUUAUUGUUGGAUGUCGAAAAAGCCAAAAGGCUAUCCUCUUUCUUGAGAGAGCUCUAAGUGAUGGAAAAAACACAACAGAGAAAAUACGAGCCAAUGAAGCAGAUGCCUGAAAAUAUCCUGUCCAAAGCUAAACAAGAAUCCUUAUCCAAGGAUUUUCAUUCCCAGGUCCAGAAUAAAAAGUUUUAAGCCAA